AUGACGGUCACAACGUUGGGUUUAUAUCAGAGUGAUCCAGAUGAUCCUGAUUACAAUGGAGAUCCCGAUGGUCUCGAAGAAGUCGAUGAGGAUAGUAGCGGGGAAGAUGGAGAUGAUGGAGAUAGAAGUGGUGAUGGUGGAGACGAAAGAGAUAAUAGUAGCGAUGAGGCUAGUGAUGAGGACGGAGAUGUUAAAGCCAUGAAUGAGGCUGGUGAUGACGACGAAGAUCGUGAAGCAGGGAGUGAGGCAAGGCAAAGCAAGGCAAAACGAAAGAGAGAUGAGUCUAAAAAUAAAAAAGACAAUAAGGACAAAAGGCAGAGGAAGGUGAAGCAGAAGAAAGAGAAGGUUGAAGAUAAAGACGACAUAGUGGACAGGGAGUUGGUGAAACAUUCGGGAGAGUGA